GUUACAUCCAUCCAUCCAUCAGCCACUUCACACCAGCAAGUGGCAGUAGUGCGAUCCAGAGUUUCAGGCAUGGCAGCUCCGACGAGAGCACUCGCCCUCUGCGUCCUGCUGGCGAUGGCCGUCGCCAACACCGAGGCGGCGUCAGUCGUCGUCGGCCUGGCCAAGUGCGCCGACUGCACCAGGAAGAACAUCAAGGCCGAGGAAGCCUUCAAGGCUCUGCAGGUGGCGAUCAAGUGCAAGAACAGCGCCGGCGACUACGAGAGCAAGGCGGUGGGCGCCCUCGACGGCACCGGCGCCUUCAGCGUGCCCCUCGCUUCUGACCUCCAUGGUGCCGACUGCGUCGCACAGCUCCACAGCGCCGCCUCCAACGCGCCGUGCCCCGGCCAGGAGCCGUCCAAGAUCGUGCCGGUGUCCCAGGGCACCACAUUUGGCGUCGUCGCCGGCGACAACAUUGCCACGCCGUCUGCAGCGUCGCCGGAGUGUGCGUCCAUGACCCUAUGCGGACCGAUCAAGAAGCACAUCAUGGAGCACUUCCACCACAAGAAGCCCGUGCCGCCGAAGCCGGAGCCCAAGCCCCAGCCCCACCCGGACUACGGCCCCGUGCCCAAGCCCGAGCCCAAGCCGCAGCCCCACCCGGACUAUCACCCAGUCCCUCCCACCCCCACCUAUGGCGGAGGCGGCGGCGGUGGAUACCACGGACACCACUGAGUCCAGUCUACCACCGUACUCCUGCCCAGCGAUGAAAUCUCAUCAGCGGGUUGGUUGUCAGUGAGUGAUCGACGUUGGUAUUUAUGAUCGGUUUGCAUGGGUGGGUGCAUUGUUUGGUCUUCUGCCAUUGGCUGCCCCGUUUUAGUAUCUGCACUGCAGAGUGAGAGUUCAGAAUAACAGCUCUACGCGUGUGUGUCAGGCAAGUGUGUGGGUGUGGUUGGUGUGUUUGCUUCUGUAAUUUCGGUGAGUUCUCUUGUAGUACAAGAGGUUUUUAUGAAUCAAGUAAUUUAAAUCAA